AAGUGGUUUUGAUAUCUGCUUAAUUAUUGUGAAUAAUAAAAAUAUGACUCAAAUGUAUUUUACUUACACGUGGAUUCCAAUAAUUGGUUCAACUAGUUAAAUUCUGUACAAAGUUUAUGACGCUACACAAGAAAAUGAAUUAUUUUACCAUUACAAAUGAUUUUGAAUGGUGUUAGUUUUAAGUGGCGCACGAGGCAUCUCACAGUGAUUUUUAAUUCUAAAUAAAACGAUCGGCAAUAAUAAGCCUGGUGCUUCUGCCUGUUCCCUUUUCGAUGAACGGUCAAUUUCUUCGAAAUCAUGUUUUGUAUUUUUUUUCCCCUGUACAUGUAUAGAACCCAAAUAAGCCAUUCAUUCAUGGAAACGUACCAUUGCACAUUUGACAGCAGUCACGUGGUCCUACGGCCCGUAUGCAGUAAAAGACAUGCUGGAAAGAGAAAAUCGUGUGAAAUUGCAGUUGGGAAGCCUCGUUGGCUCCAUCUUAUUUCGCCAGGACGCGGCAUUUAAGGACCAAUUUACCUCCGUACGACCCCCAGGCCAGCCCCUCCUCCGCCAUUUGACGCGCGCGCCGCGCGCGCACUCGCCUCGCGCGCAUAAACGCUUUGGAAGCAGUGGAAGACGAACGAGGAGGACGUGGAAGACAAGUCGACUCAGAGGACUGGAUUUCACCCCCCCCCCCCACGCUUCGCCCCCAAAGAAAACGAUUUUUUUCCAAUUCAUGACGCAUCGUCUGACCGAUUCGGCGUGGACAUUUUGGAGAGGGUGGACGUCUUGUUUUUUUUUUACGCAGCGCACUGGCGCAGGCGGACGUGACUUUUGCGGCUUUUAAAGGUUCUCGGUGCGGACCUGGCGUGGAUUUUGUGCAGGGGACACCCCGCGUGACUUCAGGGAGUUUGGACGCAGAAAGAAAAGAAGAAGAAAAGCAAGAGAAUAGUCUUUUGUUUGGGAGCGCGUGCAAAAUGUAAAAAAAAAGUGCAGUGUUGGGAGAGAAGGGAAGAAAAGAAACAAAGUAAGACUUGACUUCGCAUGCAUGCUGACUCAAGCGUGGUGCAGCGUUCACAGUGCAGGAUGGAUUUUUUAAUGGGAGACUGUCCGUCUUACUAAAAGGUUAAAGUAUGACUGCGGCCGCGGGCGUGCUAACGGGCUUGGCCAAGCUAAAGCGCCAGGAUUCGGCCUAUUCUCAGCAGCGGCCUGCACCGGCUACAUCUAUGGCCAAUGCGGCCCAAGAAGGGGCUCCAAGAAAACGAAAGCGGCGCACUGACGUGGUGGUGGUGCGCGGACGGUUGCGCCUCUACUCAGCCUCUGGGUUUUUCCUCCUCCUGGGCCUGCUCAUCCUAGUUGUCGGGAUCGCAAUGGCCACGUUGGGCUACUGGCCACAAUCCUCAAGCCAAAGGCCGCCUGUUGGUGGAGGAUACAAGGCGGAGGUGGAGGAGAGUGCCCUGAAGAACUCCAGUCUAAGUCAAAAUGUAGAAGGUCGGACCACGAGGGGCGCUCUGACACGGUUCCUGGAACAGCAUCGGCACUCUGAGAGGAUGAAGAUGUUUGGGCCCUUCACAAUGGGCAUCGGGAUUUUCAUUUUCAUCUGCGCCAAUGCCAUUCUUCAUGAGAACAGAGACAGGGAAACAAAGAUCAUCCACAUGCGAGACAUGUACUCCACUGUCAUCGACAUCCACCGCCUCCGCCAAAAGGAGCAGAAGCAUCACGCCCAGCACAACUAUGCAAGAGAUGACCUCCGAGGCCACGGCGACGACACCAAUCCCCUCGCCGCCUUCUCCUCUUGGGCCGGCGGGACGUUCCCCGAGGAGGAGGCGCUGCUCGGGGACGAGGAGGCUCGCAGGCGAUGGGAGCAGGCCAGGUUGGAGUGCAGCUUCGCGGGUCUGUUGGCGCCGCUCUACAAGGACCAUCGGAUGUCGCCCGAGGGAGCCGACGGCGAGAGGUUAGGCCACCACGCGCGCUCCAUCGUGUCGUCUUCCAUCUCGGCGUUCACGCUGCCUGUCAUCAAACUCAAUAACUGCGUCAUCGACGAGCCGGAGAUGGAGGCCAUCACGGAGGAGGAGAGAGGGGGACGCGGGAGGGAUGACGAGAGGUCGCAAACGUCGGGCGCCAUGGUGUCCCUAGCGGUUCCGGUGGCAUGUGUCGCCAAGGCCUCCAAAGCGCCGCGCUUGCACCGGAGUAAUUCCGCCUCCUCUUCCUCGUCCGGGUCCUCUUCCUCCUUGGCGCCGUCGUCUACCUCAGGCUGUUGGCUUUCUCCCGGUGCGGCGCGGCCCGACUUUGGCUCCAACUCCUCACUGCACAUGCUCAGCAGUCACUCCAAAUCUCUGGACCUGGAACGGCAGUCCAGCAUGCUCAGCGUGCACCAGGAACAGCGCAAGCACCCCAGUUGGCCUCGCUUGGACCGUAGCAACAGUAGCCGCUGCGUUAAGGGCUACACUCGGCUCGAGGACCGAGGGGACGAGCAACAGGGCGGCGGUGCGGAGACGAGGGCGGUGGAGCUUCCGCCGCCGGCCUCCGUUGUCAGGCGGGACUACAGCAAGAGAGAGAAGUUGCUCAUGAUAUCACGGUCGCACAACAAUCUGAGCUUCGAGCGUGACGACUUGAGUGGCGGGUCGAUGAAGCGAGGCAGCUCAGAAACACGCUUCUAAGAGCCGGGAUUUAUUCGAUCGUCCCUCUCAGGCAGGUCCCUCCAAAGACCCACAUGGAUAGCUAAGUGUUGCUUCCACAGCCUGAUGUGGGUUAUUCGAUGAACGAGACGGUACGAAGUGGGCAUUAACUCAUUCAGUACCAGCCAAUUCUGGACCAAGUCUGAAAAGACGUUUAAAAACGUCUUUGGGAGUGAAUGAGUUAAGUCUCAAAUACUACGUUGUCCAUCCAAAGCUGGCUUUUUCUCGGCACACUGCGCUCCGUAUAAGCUAUCAAUUGACGAUUGUGGCGUUGAAGUUGACACGCUAAUUUUCCAGCUUCCGAGAACCUGGAUUUAUUCACUUGUCCCUAAGGGGCGGAGCUGCGCGAUCAGUCUCCGUCCAGUCUAACCAGCAAAGAAAAUUAUCUCAACCAAAUGUUGCUUUUUACUGACUGAUUGUGUCAGACGUGGGAAGCCAACAACAAAAGAAGUAAGGUUGUUAAAAAAAAUACGAACGAUACAGAUACGUACACCAGUACAGACACCUAACACCGAUACCACGAGAUAUACUUUUCCAUUUUUUUGCUCUUCUGUGUAACUGUUGUGAUUCGCGAUUAAAAGGUACAAAGCACACUCAAACCUUGUAUCAGCAAAGAUGAAAUGUUCCCUUGCAAAGCUCCGUGCUAUGGCACGGCGGGUAAAGAGGAGUAAGCGAUGACGCGAUAAAUAAACUAUUCAUGAUAAAAAGCA